AUGCCUCCGUAUUUGAUUGCUAUUGCAGUGAAUUGUUUUGGUGUCCCCGCUGGUGGAUGUUACCUUUUGUUUGCUACUGCAGGAAAAAUUGGCAUAUUUUCUAAUAAACGAGCUCAAGGAUGUUCUAACCCAAUUAGGCCUUUCAAAGCAAGGGAAGAAGCAGGUGAGGCGCCAGAAAUACUGCUUUUGUGCUGCGAUGUUACUUAUUGGUCAUGCUGCAAGUCUUCUUCUUUUGAUUGGUUUUUUUUUGUCCCAACAAGUUCUUCCUUCUCCUUGCAAAGUUCUAGCAGCUGCCUGUCUUUGAUCAGGUGCAGCCAUGGCCAUGAUCUUUUGGAUGUUGCUCACACCAAAGAUCUUAUGAGCAUUUUGGAACUCACUGUACCUGCUGGCUGGAAAGCUAAUGCGAAGGAAGCUGAUAAAGUAGCCAACCAGUUGCAGUCUACUGGUAUAUCUUCUGGUGGAGAAAGAGCUGCUUCUUCUUCAGGUGAUACUGGGGAUUUUAAAGAGGCUGAUGAGAAAUUCCGGUCAAGGCCAAGGGGUGGCCAUAAGAGGAAGUACCCCACUAUAGAAAUGCUUAAUGACUUUGAAAACUCAUCCUUUUCAAUAGAACUUUCAAUUACUAGUGAGAUAGCGAAGUUACAAGACUUCGCUCAGGCUGCUUUUCGUGGGUAUAAUUCUCUGAACCGUAUUCAAAGCCACAUAUUUCAUAAUGUUUAUUACUCUAAUGAAAAUAUACUAGUUUGUGCUCCAACAGGAGCUGGCAAAACAAACAUAGCUAUGAUUUCUUUUCUACAUGUGGUUGCACAGUUUCUGAGAGUGAAUCCAGAAGCAGGACUCUUCUUCUUUGAUUCUAGUUAUCGCCCUGUGCCCCUCGCACAGCAGUAUAUUGGUAUUAGUGAGCACAAUUUUACAGCCCGUAUUGAAUUGCAGAAUGAGAUAUGCUACAAGAAGGUUUUUGAAUCACUCAGACAAGGUUAUCAGGCAAUGGUAUUCGUUCCUUCUCGAAAGGACACAACAAAAACAGCUAAGAAAUUGGGGGAUUUUAAAGAGGCUGAUGAGAAAUUCCGGUCAAGGCCAAGGGGUGGCCAUAAGAGGAAGUACCCCACUAUAGAAAUGCUCGUACGAAAAAGGGUGACUCCACCAGACCAAAUGGGCCAGGAGUUGAGUACCUCUCCUGGUUGCUCUCACAAGAAGCUGAAGACGAGAUUUGAGCCAUGCCCUUGA